AUGGGAAAAUAUAGGAAAAGGUUCAAUGAGAAGGCAAGAACUGGUAUGCUUGCUAAGCAAGCGGCUUUGAAAAGAGCAAGAAAUAAGCAAUUCUAUACCCAAGACGAUGGAACCACGAUAGAUCCCGAAGAAAAGACAGAACCCAAAGCUUCAACGGAUGUUUCCAAUUCUGACUCUAACGCCGAGAUACUCGCACCAAUCAGUGAAGAGGAGCGACUAGCAAGAAAAAGAGCCUUGGAGGAGAAUUUGUAUACGCAAAAUGCCAAAGAUGAAAAGCUAUCCAAAGCCAAGAAGAAGAGACUUGAAAAGUACAUUGAGCAUCAGCUUAAAAGAGAGGAAAAGAAGGAGCUUUUGAAGAAAUUGGAGGAGACAAAAAUGGAUACGUCGAAGCUCACAGGAAUGAAAGAUUUAGGGAAAGGGAAGUUGACUAAGAAGGAGCAAAUGCUUGAGGCCCUAGAGUUGGAAAAGCAAGGAAGAGGUGAUGAUGCCACACGAGAUAUAUUGUACGAAGAAAGAGUUGUCAAAGAUGUUAGUGAUGUGAGUAGUGAGGAUGAACGUGACAAUAAGAAAACUUUUUCUUUCGAGAGCGGUGCCUCACUAAGUUCAUUUGUCGACAACAGACCAUCCAAAUUUGGAGGUUCAGGAAUGGGUUUUGGAUUCAAGAAUAUUCCAGUAAUCAAGCGGGAGCCUAACAUUUCGAAAAAGAAGUACAGUUGGAGGAAAAGGGUUCAAGAAGAGGACAGGAAAAGGUUAAAGCAAGAGGAUUUAGAUGAUUUUGCCUCAAGCUCAGAAGAGAACGAGCUGUCUGAUGAAAUUGCGGAAGGGGAUGACGCAUCGGAGGACGAAUCAUUAGGAACAAAGGAGGAGUUAAGUGAAGGAGAAUUGAGUAAGUUAAAGUAUAACCUGGGGAGCUCCUCAGAGGAGUUUUCGUCGUCGGGGGAGGAGGAUAGCUCCAGCGAACUUGGCCAUGGUAGUGUGAACGGAAUGAAAGAAGUGAGUGGGGAGGAGGUUAGUGAAGAUGACGACGAAGAUGAUGACGACGAAGAUGAUGACGACGAAGAUGAUGACGACGAAGAUGAUGACGACGAAGAUGACGAGGAGGAAGAGGAGUUCCCAACUAAGCUUAUGCAAAAUAAACCUAGACACUCAAAAACUGCCGCUUCGUUUAAAGAAUGGGCAGAGAAUCAGCUUCGACACAUUGAGGGUCGCGAGAAUGUCCCCCUUGUGGCAGAAGUGUCUGAUGAAGUUAAAAAGAAGUACUCAAAACGUCAAGUUAGACCUGAAGAUGUUGACCAUUUGUCUGACGAGGAAGGUUACAUACCAAUUGAUAACGACAUGAACAGAGAGGCGUUCGUGGUGGAAGUUCAAAGAUCAGACAAAGUGCAACAACAAAGAGUAUUGCUACCUGUGUAUGCUGAAGAACACAGAAUAAUGGAGGCAAUUUACCAUCACGAUUGUGUAAUACUCUGUGGUGAAACUGGUUCAGGUAAAACAACUCAGGUUCCUCAAUUUUUGUAUGAGGCUGGAUUUGGGAAUCAUGGUAACAAGCUGCAUCCAGGAAUGAUUGGAGUAACACAACCGAGAAGGGUGGCAGCAGUGUCAAUGGCAGAGAGGGUCGGAAAUGAGUUGGGCAAUCAUAAACAUAGAGUUGGUUAUCAAGUUAGAUUUGACACGUCGAUCAAAAAUGAAGGAACUGAAUCAGGGACAGCACUUAAGUUUAUGACUGAUGGUGUUUUGUUAAGAGAAAUGAUGUCAGAUUUUCUUUUAACAAAGUAUUCUGCUAUAAUCAUCGAUGAGGCUCAUGAGCGAAACAUCAAUACAGAUAUUCUAAUCGGAAUGCUCACCAGGGUGAUAAAACUAAGAAGAAAGUACUUUUUGGAGAAUAGGAAAGAAGUGAAACCAUUGAAGCUUAUAAUCAUGUCUGCUACUUUACGUGUUACUGAUUUUUCGGAAAAUCCAGUUUUGUUCAAAACCCCUCCUCCAAUUAUCAAUGUAGAGGCAAGACAAUAUCCUGUAUCGGUACAUUUUGAUCGAAAAACAGACUUCAACUACAUCGAGUCUGCAUUCAACAAGGCAUGUAAAAUCCAUCGAAAGCUUCCACCUGGAGGUAUUUUGAUUUUUUUAACCGGUCAGAAUGAAAUCAAAACAUUAGUGAAAAGACUAAAAGAAGAGUUCUCGAAAAGAAAAAGCAAAGCAAUUGAGGCUGAAGAGGUCCCCGACGUGAGGGUUUCGGAAAAUAUGCAACAAGAGAUUGAAGAUGUGGACUUUAGUGUAAAAAUAGAUGAAGAGAACAAUUAUGACGACUACGAUGACUCCGAAGGGGAAGAGGAAGGGUUUGGGGAAGCUCAAAACACUAUUGAUUCUGAAGUUGGUCCACUUCAUGUAUUACCAUUAUACUCCCUUUUGCCCACCAACCAACAAAUGCGGGUUUUUGACGAGCCACCAAAAGGAAGCAGACUAUGCAUUGUGUCCACCAAUGUUGCAGAAACUUCAUUAACUAUACCGGGAAUUCGUUACGUUAUCGAUUGUGGCAGAUCGAAAGAACGAAAUUACAACAAAGAAAGUGGAGUGCAAUCGUUCGAUGUUGAUUGGAUUUCAAAAGCCUCGGCAGAUCAAAGAGCUGGUAGAGCUGGUAGAACCGGACCUGGGCACUGUUAUCGGUUGUUUUCUUCUGCCGUGUAUGAGGAAUUCUUUCCACAAUUUAGCAUUCCCGAGAUACUUCGAACUCCUUUUGAAAGUAUUGUCUUAAGCAUGAAAAGUAUGGCAAUUGAUCAAAUUGUCAAUUUUCCUUUUCCGACUCCUCCUGAUAGGGCCUCAUUGAAGCAAGCUGAAGAUUUAUUGGUAACUUUAGGUGCGCUUGAUAAAGAACAGAAGCAAAUCACCGAUUUGGGAAGGAAAAUGUCUUUAUUCCCAUUGAGUCCAAGAUUCGCCAAAAUAUUAAUCAUUGGAAACCAACAAAAUUGUUUGGAUUACAUUAUAGCCAUUGUAUCUGCAUUGUCUGUUGGGGAUCCAUUCAUUCCAGAGAAUGAGUUGGUUGGAAACAUGACUGACGAAGAAAGGAAGAAUUUCAGAAGCAAGUUUUAUCAAUCAAGAGCCUUGUUUUCAAAAUUAGAUCCAUCAAGUGAGUGUUUAAUGUUGUUGUCCGCGGUUUGUGCUUUAGAUCAUAUUCCCAGCGAAAAUGUGAGUGAGUUCUUGUCCACUAAUUACUUGAGACAAAAGAUGAUGCAAGAGAUUCAAAAGCUUAGGACACAAGUGGGGCAAAUUGUUGAACGAUGUUUAAUGACCAAAAAUGGGGUUUACUUAUCCCACAGGGCAAAACUAGACGUCCCUACUACAAAACAGGUAUCAGCAAUGAAACAAAUGAUUGCAUCUGGAUUUAUUGACCAUGUGGCGAUCAGAGGUGAUUUGAUAUCCUCUGAUGUCAAAAUUGCCAACAAGACAAACAUCAGCAAUAUCCCCUACUGCCCCGUGUUUCCUAUCGAGCUGGACCCGUUUGUUUACAUACAUGCAAACUCGUUGAUGAGUAAAAGUGGUAAAUUACCGAGCCCAUACUUGGUUUAUCAAAGUCUUAGUUCGAAGUCGAAUUCUACCGACGACGACAAGCAUUCAAAAAUAAGAAUGAAACCAUUGGUCGAUAUCACUGGCAAGCAAUUGACAAAUAUUGCAAAAAGUUCGGGCUUGAUAACGUACUCUAAGCCAUUGGGUCAUCCAUACGCACCAAAGAAUCUAACUCCUACCAAACGAGAAUGUUACGUAGUGCCCAGAUUUGGUGCAUCGGUAGGAAGUGGGGGUGUUGGUUGGGAUUUGCCGGCAAUCAAAGUGAUACAAGAGAAGCGUAAUGGGUCUUGGGUGACUGUGUAG